AAUCAGUCACGUCGGAAGCAGACCUCUCCAUCGGCAACCAGGGCCAGUCGGGUCCGAGUCCGCCCCGUACCGCCCCCUGCCUUCCACUCAUCUGGAUCUAUUCGGAGCGCCCACGGGCGCCAUUCAAUUCCCGCAUGCGACAGGUGCCGUUCCUUCAAGAAAAAGUGCAGUCGGACCUUUCCCGCAUGCGAUUUGUGUGCCAGCGCGAGCCAGAAGUGUUCAUAUAGCGCAGUACCGACUACCCCUGAGGCAGAGGUCUUGCAAUUGAGGGCAAGAGUCCAAUGGUUCAGCGAUUAUUUCAACCGUCAUAUCUUGGAAUCACACCAUGUUGCAGACAUUGGAGAUGUUGAGACUGGUCUCAGUGUUCAAUUAGAUGGAAUUGGCAAUACCACACCCGUUGAUGCAGAAAAUGCUAUUCUGAACGACAACCAAUUGCCUUAUCAGAACUCAACAGCUACACACGACCAAAAGACCAAUGUCUUCGGUGCAUCCCACGGUCUACCAACGGAUGCGGCAGCUCGCCGCUUUGUUGACGCCUAUUUUCGGAACGUCAACGGAGCAUACCCCUUUGUCAACCAGACCAAGAUCCUUGAGAAUCUCGAGACAUUGGGCGACCUAGCUCGUAGACUUCGUGACUCGGAGUCUACUCUCCUAUACUUGGUCAUGUCCAUUGGCUGCACCGCUCUAGAGCGAGCCAGUCAGGUCCCCAGAGACACGGCAAAGCGGUUCGAGGUGGCAUACGCGGAGAUUAUUCAAGAAAGCGUGUGCCGAGAUAGUAUUGAGUCUGUCCAGAUCUUAAUGCUACUAGCACUCUAUUCACUGUUUGACCCGACUGGCGCAUCGGCCUACUCUAUUGUUGGCAUUGCUGCACGGCAGGCCAUCACGACAGGGCUAGCUCGUAGGGCAGUAGGUGAAAAUGCCUAUCCGCCAGCUGAAACAGAGCUUUGCCAUCGCCUGUACUGGAGCAUAUUCGCCCUCGAUAGGUUGAUGGCUGUGUCACAAGGUCUACCGGUGGCACUAUCUGAUAACGCCGAUGUGCCGUUCCCAAAUCUGACUGUCGAGGAAUUUGCUGGCACUGAUAGAAUAAUGCAUGCGCGGAAGCUGCAGACAAGCCGACAUGUCAUCCAACUACGUCAGCUAGAGGGCCGUAUCAUGGACCGUGUUCAUUUAAGAAGAGAGACUGAGAUUGCGGAGCUAACACCCCUGGAUAGGCGAGCAACUCUGAGUGGCCUCCGAGCCUCCAUCGAAGACUGGUAUAUCCAAGGGUGUUUAAUGUCACCUAUAGGUGGUGAUAACACCACCGUUCAUAGCAGCACUACGUGGCUCAGUGCACGGUAUUACCACUUGUUGCUACUACUAUACUACCCAAAUCAUUUUAACAGCUCAGCGGGAGCUGUAUCACGGCAAGAUCUGCAGCAAUUUGCGCAGCGCCAACUGCAGGCGACGUCCGCGCUCUUCCAACAGCAACAACUGCCUCUGAAUUGCAAUACUCUUUACAGAUUGAUGCCGGUAUGUCUGGUGUUAAUGCAUCACUUUGUAUCAGUAUGUCGUUCAGCAAACUGGACAGCACAAUCUGCGUUUCCUUUCUUGGCCAGAGACGAGGUUGUAGUCGCUCUGUCCGUCCUGGAGGCGUUCCCAGAGGAAUGGAUUCUUGCACAUCGGGCGGCGCAGGUGGUGCGUCAAUUUGAGGGUGUCAUCUCAGGCGGCAUGGCGGCCUUCUUUUCAGAUGACCAAGCUUGCGGUGGCAAAGAGAGCUUGCUUGCUUUGAUGGAGCCCUGUAUCGCGAGAAUGACGUCUCUAAUACAAGAGAUGUUGGGGAAAUCAACGUGCUUCCAGUUUGUCGAGUAUCCAUCAGACGACAGCAAACGAAUGGAUGGUCCGACGGCAGCUAUGCCCCAACCGCAAUCGCAUCAACACUACCAGCAACAGCAACAGCUUCAACCUCAAGUAAUUAGUAACAUGAGCAUGAAUCGGAACGAGAUGAGUGGCAUUCAGCAAGUUGGUGUAGGAGUUGACGAUGUGAUGGGCUAUGGAUGGAGCGCUAUAGAUUUGGACUUUUUAUGA